UCUUCUGUUCCCUGCACUAAGAUCUUUAGGAUAAAUGUGCUGCGGUCCCUUUAAUGCGUUGCUAUGGUGAUGCUGCGCGCUUGUUGUUAGCGCGUCAUCAGUCUGCGUGUAACUGGAGAAAGAGCAAAAACAGCACAGUAUUUGCACAAAUAUCAAAUAACUAAGGAUUUUAUUAAAGCAAGAAUAUGUGUGAAGGGCCUUCAAUGAUCUCUGGUCCCAUACCUCCGGACCCUACAUUGUUUCCUGAAUUUUACAAACGCCCAUCCUCAGCUCGUGGUCGACUGGAGGGGAACUGUAAGUCUCCAGCUUUUCUUAAAGGUCCUUUAGCUCCAGAUCCUGUGCUGUAUCCUGGGUGCUACAGCGCUCGGGUCACUCCUCGACCCCGCAUUGGUGCUAAUGCUGCUGACAUUCUGGAAAGAGGCCAGAGAGGAGUGAUGGGCAGCUUACUGAAACUGGAGGGAGUGUCACUGAUCCCCAAUCCAAGCAAACCCAAACCUGUCGCACGUGACUUUGGGAAAGAAAAUGUCCGUAAGCUACGUGAAAUUCAGAGAAGGUUUCGAGAGUUGGAGGCACAGAGAGAACAUGCCAAACCUGUGCCUGUUAAAGCACUCUGGACAUCGCCAAAAUACCAGGAUGUCUCCUCCAGGGUUAUGGCCCAAUUACAAGAGACGAGCCCACCCAAGAAACCGGAAUGUCAGAAUUUCCUGAAAGCUCAUUCUGGAGUUCGACCGCAGCUCAGAUGCUCAGAGUCUGGACCGGCACCGGACGCUGUUGGACAGUCCGGUUCUGAAAUGGAGGUCAGAGGUCACACGGUAGACUUUGUGAGUCACAAUGCGCGUGCUGCAGGGAAGACGACCUUACGGCGAUCUCAAUCCUUACAGGACCUCAGAGAAAAACCACCACCCAGCGCUGAGAAAGGAAAAGUUCCACAGUAUCUGGAGCAGAGGAAGAUGCAGUGGAGAAAAGAGGAGGAGGAGAAAAGGAAAAACAUGCGGGAUCCUUCCAUUCCUGCUGGACACACACAGAUGUCUGAACAAGAGAGACAAGAAACCCUAAAGUCUCUUAAAGAGACUCACAGGUCUCUGGUCAGUGAACUGGUCUCUCUCCCAAUAAAAGCAGACACACUCAGCAUUCGUUCACGACGUGCAGAACUUGAUCAGCGUCUCUCUGAAGUGGAGGAAGCCAUCAAAAUCUUUUCCCGUGACAAAGUUUAUGUAAAAAUUGACUCAUAAACACAGCACUGUGUUAUUGAUCCUGCUACAUUACUCGAUGAGAGUUAGUUCACUGCAUUUAUUUUCACUGCAUUUAAAUAUCUUAUCAGGGGAUUGUCUUUUUGGGCACAUUGUCGAUGUAAAUCAAAUAUUUUUUAUUAAAUGCACAUUUAGACCUGACUGAGGUCUCUUUGGCUAAUGAUCGACUUUUACAAUUUUAAUUUUCCACAUGAAUCAUAAUUGCAGUAUUUCUGUUAUCACAUACAGUCAUUUUGUAGAUUUUUUCAGCUGCAGCAUUUGUACUAGCCAGAUAACUAUUUAUAAUGUAUUUGUUAAUUUUGGUAUUAGUAGAAUGUUAGCUUUGAAUUGUUUUGGUGUGUUGUUUGUAAUGAUUUUUAGUAUUACAGUACUGAAACGACAGUGGUGCUUAUUUUGA